UACAUGAAUUGUUUAUGAAUUUGUGUUUAUUGUUGUCGUUUUUUAUUUUUAUUUUUUAUUAAAAUGUCAGAAGCAUUUUGACGGCAACUGUGUUUUGCAGGUUACGUGAUGAUAACCUUCUCAAUUACAAUCAUGUCACUCCUUGCAAUUUAACCCAAUAAAUGCAAAGGUCACAACUAUACAAAGAUAAAAUUGAUAACAUAAAUGUUAUUACUAAUUAUUUAAGUCACAUAGACAACAUAAAAUUGGUAGAGAGACGACAGAGUAAUUAAACUACUUACAACACUUUGACAUUAAAGAAAUGAUGAUUUUAAGUAUGCAGGAAUAUGUUGGCAUUUAGUUGUAUAUGUAUAUUACACUAUUUAUGAAUUGCUUUUUAAGAAUAUAAAUAUUCCACUCGUUAACCAUAAAACUGACAAGUCUACUUGGUAAAUUAAAAUUUACAUAUCGGGGUUUAUUAAUUAUGAUAUAUUGAAUAUGAUUGCAGAAGAAGAAAACAGUUUUAGCCAUGACUUACCAGUAUUAGAAAUAAAUGCAAAAGAAGAAAACCUAAAUAAUGUGGAGGAAAAAGUAACAAAUGAAUCUACGUCAUCUCUUGAUAUUUCUUUGGAUGAUAUUGACUGGGGCGAACCAUUUGAAAUGGAACAAAGAGAUUCAACCGAAGAUUUGCUACAAGACAUUUCAAAUAUAGAUUGGAAUGAGAAUGUUUUUUCUGAAAUCAAUACCACAUUGGUAUCACGAGAUCAUUCUGCAGAGUUUAAAGCAAAUUAUCCUUUUUCUGAAGAAAUGCUAGAUAUUUUACAUACAAAAUUUGGACUAGAAAAUUUCAGGCCUGGGCAAAGGGAAAUUAUUAAUGCUAUUUUGAAUGGACACGAUUGUUUUAUACUAAUGCCUACAGGGGGUGGAAAAAGUUUAUGUUACCAACUUCCAGCUGUUUUGAGUAAAGGAGUUACAAUUGUAAUAUCACCAUUAAUAGCUUUAAUUGGUGAUCAAGUAGACAAAUUAAAUGCUCUGGAUAUUAGAACUGCACAUUUAUGUUCUACGAAUUCAAGGCAAGAAACCGAAGAGGUUUUAUCAAAAUUAUACUUGAGUGAACCAGAAAUUGAUUUAUUAUAUCUCACUCCUGAAAAAACAAUGGUCUCAGAUGAAACUAGAGAUAUGAUAAAUUCACUUUAUAAAAGAGGAAAGUUAUCAAGAUUUGUUAUUGAUGAGGUACAUUGUUUAUCAUUAUGGGGUCAUGAUUUUAGACCACAUUAUAAACAGCUCAGCAUGCUCAGAGAGAAAUAUACUGAUAUACAAAUAAUAUGUUUUACUGCCACUGCAACAAAACAAGUAGAAACUGAUGUAAUCGUUAAUUUGAAUUUGUGGAAUGUUAAGAAGUUUAUUCAGAGUUUUAAUAGACCAAAUAUUAAAUAUCAAAUUAUAGACAAACAUGACAGGAUGCCAGUUUAUGAAAUAGCACAGUUAAUUAACAAAAAGUUUUUUAGAAAAUCUGGAAUAAUUUACUGCCUAGCUAGGAAAGACUGUGUUAAUUUAAGUUCGUAUUUAAGACAUCUGGGCAUUACAGCGAAACCUUACCAUGCAGGUUUGGAAACUGAAGUUAGAGAACAGACACAAAAGGAGUGGAUGCAGGACCAAUUUCAUGUCAUUGUAGCAACAAUAGCAUUUGGCAUGGGUAUCGAUAAACCCGAUGUUAGAUUUGUUAUACACAACACGAUUCCAAAAUCUCUAGAAGCAUAUUAUCAAGAGACGGGAAGGGCUGGGAGAGAUGGAGAAGUUUCAUAUUCUUACCUUUUCUACAGUUACGAAGAUGUUAUUCGCACGAUGAGACUGAUGAAAAAAGGUUUUAGCAAUAGAGAUACCUUGGAUGGGCAUUUUGACAAUUUGGAACAGAUGGUUGCGUUCGCUAACAAUCAAAUAGAUUGCAGACGAUACCUCCAGCUGCUGAACUUGGGUGAGAAUUUUGAUAGACAGCUGUGUAUGGAAAAUAGGGCAACUAUGUGUGAUAACUGUGAAAACUUCAACAACUCCAUUGAAAAUCAAAUCGACAUUACGAAACAAGCCAAAGAGCUCGCUAUUUUAGUACGAGAUAUUUCAGAAAAAACUAAAAUCACUUUGAUCAUGGCAGUAAAAAUUUAUAAGGGCUCAAGAGAAAAAAAUAUUCGCAAUAAAGGACUUAACAAUCACAAAUAUUAUGGCUCGGGGAGGCUAUUGAGUCGUCUCGAUGUGCAUAGAAUCCUCAGAGAUUUAAUUGCAAGAAAUGUUUUAGCUAACGACUACAUAACUACAGGAGACUUUCCUCUUGUCUAUAUAAAAUCUGGCAGAGAACUACAAUCAUUUAUAGAUUCGUCAGACGUAAAAAUGAGCAUUCCCGUUGCCAACGGGCGUUCAAUCCAAACCGAGUGUAUGGAAACAGAAUAUUCAAUAUCUGUUGCAGUAGACAGUACAUUAUUACCAUCUGCAGCAGCAGUUCAGCAUCUCACAAAAAGAAUCCAACAUCAGUGCUAUGUAAAUUUAUUGGAUUUAUGUCACAGGCUAGCGCUAGAAAAAAAUGUAUCCGUCUCGGCAAUUUUGCAUCCUUCUGCUAUAAAAUGUAUAUCUGAGGUUCUACCCAAAAAUCGAGAAGAACUAUUAAAAAUUCAACAUGUUACUACGGCUAUAUUCGACAAAUAUGGAUUAUAUAUUUUAAGAUCGACAAACCAUUUUUGGGGAAAAUUACAGUUUCUUAAAGGUGAAGCUGUAACAGACCCUCAAACUUUGAAUUGGGACCCUCGGAGGAGUGAUUCUAGUCCCGUUAAAAGAACGUUCACUGAAGCCUUUUCAGAUAAUAAUAGAUAAUUCGAUUUUGCAUUAUUUUCCAAAUUUGUAUUUUAAUAAUACAGUGUGAUAAUCAUGACAAAAAUGAAUGAAACAAAUAUUAUUUUUAUUUAAUUAAUGUCCAUAAACGAAAUACGCUUUAUGGAGAAGUUGCAGUUUCAGUUUUUUUAUCUUUAUAAUGGUGCUGGUUAAUCAAAAGACAAUCCUAUAGAUAUGGCACAAAAGAUAAUUUUGAUUAAUUGUUUUAAGAAUAAUCACAUUCAAUUUUUAAAUAUGUUCAUAUCUUUUAAUUAACAUUUAAUGAUAAUGAUUUUAUUUACCAUUAAUCUUGUUUUUUGAUUUAAGUGUAUUGGAUUAAUUUCAGAUUUUCAUUAAAUUUAUUUAAGAAAUAAUGUAAUUCGGAGACUAAAUCUUAAAUAUACCUUAUUUAAAACAACUCGUUUAAUUUUUUUGGAGUAUAAAAUAAAUUCUGCACUUAAAACCUAAUAUAUUUAUAUUAAUAUAAUACAGAAGAGCUCUCAGAAACUAUGAUAUGAGAUUGAAUGUAUAAGAGGUGUUUUCUGAUUUUAAGGAGAAUCGACACACAAUUAGACAUUAAAUUUAAAAUAUAGCAUAUAAUUUUAUUAACAAUAUUUUUUUAUGUUUUUCAACAUAGUUCACGUUUUGAAUGAAAAAAUCAAUGAUCCUAGUGAUUGGAUCGACAUGAUCACGGUUUCCAAAAAGUCAACUACUUGUUGGCAUACAAA